GCUGACGUCGCUAGUAAGGAAGAAACAAACCAUUCAGUCGUGGAUUGGUUGGGUUAUGGUUUGAUGCCUGUCUGAAGAACACUAUGCUUCGAAGAACAAGAACAGCAAAGGUGUACACAGAACCAGCGACGGAUGAUGAAUCUGAUGACAUGACAGGCCAACAAAAAGGUGACAGUGAAGAGUUAGAAGAAUGGUUACCAAAUUCAAACGAAGGCAAAACUAAAGUAAGGGCAAAACCGAGGGGGACAGAUGAAACCGGUGAAAAGAAAAAAGUGACCAAGAGGGUGGCCAAACCUAAAGAGCCAAAACCUAAAGCAGAGAGGAAGCCCAGAGCUCCACGGGUUCCCAAAGUGAAGAAGGAGAAGACUAAUACAAAGCCACAAACUGAGGAUGCAGUUCUGCCGAAGCCUGAGUUACAGCAGCAUGUGGCAGUCAAAGAAGAGAGGUUGUCCAUUAACUUGAGCAGUAAUAAUGCAGGAGAAAUGCCCGAAGAGUGUCCAUCAUCCAGUCAACAUUUCCCCAAGGUGAAAAAAGAGGAGCCUAAUGACAGCUUCACCUUUGAUGAACCUGCUCAGAAGAAGCAGAAGACCACAAACUCAGCCCAGGGAAGACCGAUAAAACUCAAGUCGGGCAAUCCCUGUGUGGAGGACUUACAGAUGAAUUGGGAUCCCAUUCAGGUUCUUGCUGAGAAGUCUGGUGUGGAGCAGUGGGUGUGUGCAAACAUUGUACAGCUCUUCCAGGAGGAGAACACUAUUCCCUUUAUGGUGCGCUAUAGAAAGGAGCUGAUCAACCACAUGGAUGCCGAUGCUGUUCGAGAUGUGCAGCUGACUCUUGAAGAGCUACGGUCAGUGGCAAAGAAGAGCAGAUCUGUUUCUCAGACAUUAAAGAAGGAGGGGGUUCUUACUUCGGAGCUGGAAAUGGCUCUAAAGAACUGCACAACGGCUGAUGAAAUAGACCAUGUGUAUGCUCCCUAUAAAAAGGGCAGUAAGUUGUCCAAGGCCCGGCGAGCUAAGGAGCUAGGACUGGAACCUGUUGCCCUGGCUUUACUUCAGGAACCUCAGAAACUGGACCUGCAAGCCUCGAUCCAGCCCAACACUAAAGGGUUGUCUACCCUGGAUGAGGUGGCCACAGGUGUGCAGGAGAUCCUGGCAGAUAUGAUUGCAAAGGACAAAGAGACUCUCACCUAUGUACAGUCACUGUGCGACAGGAGUCCGGUGACCAUUCACUCGUCAGUGUCUAAAACAGCGCUGAAAGAGCAGCAGCCACAGCAGGGCAAUCAGAAGAGCAAACCAAAGGACAUUGCCAAGUUCAGCCUGUAUACUGACUUCACCUGUGAUGUUCAGCGCAUCCAGCACCAUCAGACGUUAGCCAUUAACCGUGGGGAGAAUCUGAAGAUUCUGACAGUGAAGGUCAACAUCCCCGACAGGGUGAAGAAUGACUUCUGUAGGUGGUGCAUCAACGUCAGAUGGAGGCCACAGGGAUUCGCACGGCCAGAGUUGAUGGCGAUUUUGAAGAAUUCUGUUGAAGAAUCCUUCAAGAGAUUCAUUGUGCCCUUUCUCAGUCGAGGCUACAGGACUAAGUUGACUGUUAGUGCAGAAAAAGAGUCCAUCGCCAUGUUUGUUCGGAAUCUGCGUCAGCGCCUUCUGAUGUGUCCGGUGCGUGGGAGAGUCAUCAUGGGAGUGGACCCAGGGUUUCACCACGGCUGCAAAAUAGCAAUCCUGUCCCCAACCAGUCAGAUUCUGCACACAGAUGUGGCGUACCUCCAUGGUCCUGCUAAACACAAAGAAGCAGAAAAACUGCGCCAUCUUAUGUUCAAACACAGCUGUCAAACAAUUGUAAUAGGAAAUGGCAAAGCAUGCAGGGAGACCGAGGCCUUCUUUACAGACCUAAUUAAACAACACUUCUUCAAGCCCAUCGAUGUGUCCUACUGUAUAACAGAUGAAGCAGGAGCGUCCAUCUACAGUGUGAGUCCAGAGGCUGUUAAAGAGAUGCCUGACAUGGAUCCCAACUUAAGGAGUGCAGUGUCGAUUGGGAGGCGUGUUCAGGACCCUUUAGCGGAGCUCAUUAAGAUCGACCCCAAACACAUUGGUAUCGGCACUUACCAGGUGUUUACUGACUCCAGAGCUGGUCUCUAGGCUUCACCUGAGGUAAAGGAAAGAUGGAGCAGAGUGUAGGUGAGAAAAGUGUCAGAAUUAGUCGUUAAAAUU